CGCUCUCGCCGUCGCUCCUACCGCUCCAGCCACCGCCGCCGCUACCGCCACCGGCCGAGCGGUUUUUUUUUUUUUUUUUUUUUUUUUCGGAUCCGCCAUAUUGACGAGGACGGGCACCCGCGGCUGCGGAAGCUAGUCUCCGCCGCCGUCGGAGCCGCAACCUCUCCGUACCCGGCCCACUCGGGCCUCUGCCGCCGAGCCCCUCCCGCCUUGCCCCACUCUCAGGCUUCGCGGGAGCCCGCCGCUGCCGCCUCUCUCGCGCGGGAGGCGGCCGCCUCAGCGUCCGGUGUUCGGGGCGACGCCGGAGUCGGGGAGCGAGCCGCAGCAAAGUGACCAGGCCCGGAGCGGGGACUGAGGCGGCGACUGAGGAAAGGUGAAGCUGCCGCUGCAGGAGGAGGAGCAGGAGGAGGUGACGCAGGGCAAACGCACCGCGCGGAGCCCGUCUGAGCUCAGCGAGAGCCCCAGCCCGAGGCGAGAAGGGGAAGAGGGCGGCCGCCAGCCGAGGAGGUGGAGGCGGCUGCGGCCACUGCUGCUGCUGCAGAGCGGGCGCGGGGAGGAGCGAGUUCCGGCGCCCGGGUGCAGCCCCUAGCUCUCACGCCCACAGCCCUGAGCCCGGCCGUUGCAGCCCCUCGACACACUUUGUCACCCGUUCCCCUCAACCCUGGGAUGUGCCCAGGUUAGGCCUUGGCCCGGGACCGAGCUUGGCCGUCGCUGGUGCUCCCGCACCGGUGUGUCCUGCUUCUGAGUAGACGCCCGUGUCGUGCGGUUAUGCAAUGGUCUCUGCAAGAUGGUUUAUUCUUGAAUUGGAGCUUUUUAAGACUGACAAAUGCUGGUACUUCAUCUUUUAUAAGUGGACUAUAAUUUCUUUUCUGAAGACAACUACAUAAGCAGACAAAAUUGCAAAGAUCUGCCCUGUGUCGAGUAUGACAGCCACGACUCGUGGCUCUCCAGUUGGAGGGAAUGACAACCAGGGCCAGGCUCCUGAUGGCCAGUCUCAGCCCCCCCUCCAACAGAAUCAGACUUCAUCGCCUGAUUCUUCCAAUGAAAAUUCCCCGGCAACUCCACCAGAUGAACAAGGUCAGGGUGAUGCCCCACCACAGAUUGAAGAUGAGGAACCUGCAUUUCCACAUACUGACUUGGCAAAGUUGGAUGAUAUGAUCAAUAGGCCUCGAUGGGUGGUUCCAGUUUUGCCGAAAGGGGAAUUAGAAGUGCUUUUAGAAGCUGCUAUUGAUCUUAGUAAGAAAGGCCUUGAUGUUAAAAGUGAAGCAUGUCAGCGAUUUUUUCGAGAUGGGCUAACAAUAUCGUUCACUAAAAUCCUUACAGAUGAAGCAGUGAGUGGCUGGAAGUUUGAAAUUCAUAGAUGUAUUAUUAAUAAUACUCAUCGGCUAGUGGAGCUAUGUGUGGCCAAGCUGUCCCAAGACUGGUUUCCACUUCUAGAACUUCUUGCCAUGGCCUUAAAUCCUCAUUGCAAAUUUCAUAUCUACAAUGGUACACGUCCAUGUGAAUCAGUUUCUUCAAGUGUUCAGUUGCCUGAAGAUGAACUCUUUGCUCGUUCUCCAGACCCUCGAUCACCAAAAGGCUGGCUAGUGGAUCUUCUCAACAAAUUUGGCACUUUAAAUGGGUUCCAGAUAUUACAUGAUCGAUUUAUUAAUGGAUCAGCAUUGAAUGUUCAAAUAAUUUCAGCCCUUAUUAAACCAUUUGGACAGUGCUAUGAGUUUCUCACUCUUCAUACAGUUAAAAAAUACUUUCUUCCAAUAAUAGAAAUGGUUCCACAGUUUUUAGAAAAUCUAACUGAUGAAGAACUGAAAAAAGAAGCAAAGAAUGAAGCUAAAAAUGAUGCUCUUUCCAUGAUUAUUAAAUCUUUGAAGAAUUUAGCUUCAAGGGUUCCAGGACAAGAAGAAACUGUAAAAAACUUAGAAAUAUUUAGGUUAAAAAUGAUACUUAGAUUAUUGCAAAUUUCUUCUUUCAAUGGAAAGAUGAAUGCACUGAAUGAAGUUAAUAAGGUGAUAUCUAGUGUAUCCUACUACACCCAUCGGCAUGGUAAUCCCGAAGAGGAAGAGUGGCUUACAGCUGAACGAAUGGCAGAAUGGAUACAGCAGAACAAUAUUUUAUCCAUAGUCUUGCGAGAUAGUCUUCACCAACCACAGUAUGUAGAGAAGCUAGAGAAGAUUCUUCGUUUUGUCAUCAAAGAAAAAGCUCUGACCUUGCAAGAUCUUGAUAAUAUUUGGGCAGCACAGGCAGGGAAACAUGAAGCCAUUGUGAAGAAUGUACAUGAUCUACUGGCAAAAUUGGCAUGGGAUUUUUCACCUGAACAACUUGAUCAUCUUUUUGAUUGCUUUAAGGCCAGUUGGACAAAUGCAAGUAAGAAACAACGUGAAAAGCUACUUGAGCUGAUCCGUCGUCUUGCAGAAGAUGAUAAAGAUGGUGUGAUGGCACACAAAGUGUUGAACCUUCUGUGGAAUCUGGCCCACAGUGAUGAUGUGCCUGUAGAUAUCAUGGACCUGGCUCUUAGUGCCCACAUAAAAAUAUUAGAUUAUAGUUGCUCCCAGGACCGUGACACGCAAAAGAUCCAGUGGAUAGAUCGCUUUAUAGAAGAACUUCGCACAAACGACAAGUGGGUUAUUCCUGCACUGAAGCAAAUUAGAGAAAUCUGUAGUUUGUUCGGUGAAGCACCUCAGAAUUUGAGUCAAACUCAGCGAAGUCCUCAUGUAUUUUAUCGUCAUGACUUAAUCAAUCAACUUCAGCACAAUCAUGCCCUAGUUACUCUGGUAGCAGAAAACCUUGCAACUUACAUGGAAAGCAUGAGACUGUACGCUAGAGACCAUGAAGACUAUGACCCACAGACUGUGAGGCUUGGAAGUAGAUACAGUCAUGUUCAAGAAGUCCAAGAACGGCUUAACUUCCUUAGGUUUUUAUUGAAGGAUGGCCAACUAUGGCUAUGUGCCCCUCAAGCAAAACAAAUAUGGAAAUGCUUAGCUGAAAAUGCAGUUUACCUUUGUGAUCGCGAAGCCUGUUUUAAGUGGUAUUCCAAAUUGAUGGGGGAUGAACCAGACUUAGAUCCUGAUAUUAAUAAGGACUUCUUUGAAAGUAAUGUGCUUCAGCUUGAUCCUUCCCUGUUAACUGAAAAUGGAAUGAAAUGUUUUGAGCGAUUCUUCAAAGCUGUGAAUUGUCGAGAAGGAAAACUAGUUGCAAAAAGGAGAGCCUAUAUGAUGGAUGAUUUGGAGUUGAUAGGAUUAGACUAUCUUUGGAGGGUGGUGAUUCAGAGUAAUGAUGAUAUUGCCAGCAGAGCUAUAGAUCUUCUCAAAGAGAUCUAUACAAACCUUGGCCCAAGGCUGCAGGUCAAUCAGGUGGUGAUACAUGAAGACUUCAUUCAGUCUUGCUUUGAUCGUUUAAAAGCUUCUUAUGACACUUUGUGUGUUUUGGAUGGUGACAAAGACAGUAUUAAUUGUGCAAGACAGGAAGCUGUUCGAAUGGUUCGAGUAUUAACUGUUCUAAGAGAAUAUAUAAAUGAAUGUGACAGCGAUUAUCAUGAAGAAAGAACUAUUCUACCCAUGUCUAGAGCUUUCCGCGGUAAACACCUCUCUUUUAUAGUUCGAUUUCCAAACCAGGGCAGACAGGUAGAUGACUUGGAAGUAUGGUCUCAUACCAAUGAUACAAUUGGUUCAGUUCGACGAUGUAUUCUUAAUCGCAUUAAAGCCAAUGUAGCCCAUACAAAAAUUGAGCUCUUUGUGGGUGGAGAGCUGAUAGAUCCUGGAGAUGAUAGAAAGCUGAUUGGACAGUUGAACCUAAAAGAUAAAUCGCUAAUUACAGCCAAACUUACACAGAUCAGCUCCAAUAUGCCUUCAAGCCCUGAUAGCUCUUCUGAUUCCUCAACUGGAUCUCCUGGAAACCAUGGCAAUCAUUAUAGUGAUGGUCCCAAUCCUGAAGUAGAAAGCUGCUUACCUGGAGUAAUAAUGUCACUGCAUCCCAGAUACAUCUCUUUCCUUUGGCAAGUUGCAGACUUAGGUAGCAGCCUAAAUAUGCCACCUCUUAGAGAUGGAGCAAGAGUGCUUAUGAAACUUAUGCCACCAGAUAGCACAACAAUAGAAAAAUUAAGAGCUAUUUGUUUAGACCACGCCAAACUUGGAGAAAGCAGCCUUAGCCCAUCUCUUGAUUCACUUUUCUUUGGUCCUUCUGCCUCACAAGUGCUUUACCUAACAGAGGUAGUCUAUGCCUUGUUAAUGCCUGCUGGUGCACCUCUUGCUGAUGAUUCCUCUGAUUUUCAAUUUCACUUCUUGAAAAGUGGUGGCCUACCCCUUGUUCUGAGUAUGCUAACCAGAAAUAACUUCCUACCAAAUGCAGAUAUGGAAACUCGAAGGGGUGCCUACCUCAAUGCUCUUAAAAUAGCCAAACUGUUACUAACUGCCAUUGGGUAUGGCCAUGUUCGGGCUGUGGCAGAAGCUUGUCAGCCGGGUGUAGAAGGCGUGAAUCUCAUGACAUCGGUCAAUCAAGUUACUCAUGAUCAAGCUGUGGUGCUACAAAGUGCCCUUCAGAGCAUUCCUAACCCAUCAUCUGAAUGCAUGCUUAGAAAUGUAUCAGUUCGUCUUGCUCAGCAGAUAUCUGAUGAGGCUUCAAGAUACAUGCCUGAAAUUUGUGUGAUUAGAGCUAUACAAAAAAUUAUCUGGGCAUCAGGAUGUGGCUCAUUACAGCUAGUUUUUAGCCCAAAUGAAGAAAUCACUAAAAUUUAUGAGAAGACCAAUGCAGGCAAUGAACCGGACUUGGAAGAUGAACAAGUCUGCUGUGAAGCAUUGGAAGUGAUGACAUUGUGUUUUGCCUUGAUUCCAACAGCCUUAGACACUCUCAGUAAAGAAAAGGCUUGGCAGACAUUCAUUAUUGACUUACUGUUGCACUGUCACAGCAAAACUGUUCGUCAGGUGGCACAGGAGCAGUUCUUUUUAAUGUGCACCAGAUGUUGCAUGGGACACAGGCCUCUGCUUUUCUUCAUUACUCUGCUCUUUACCGUUUUGGGGAGCACAGCGAGAGAGAGAGCUAAACAUUCAGGGGACUACUUCACUCUCUUAAGGCACCUUCUUAAUUAUGCUUACAACAGUAAUAUUAAUGUACCUAAUGCUGAAGUUCUUCUUAAUAAUGAAAUUGAUUGGCUUAAAAGAAUUAGGGAUGAUGUUAAAAGAACAGGUGAAACGGGUGUGGAAGAGACGAUCUUGGAAGGCCACCUUGGGGUAACAAAAGAGUUACUGGCCUUUCAAACUCCUGAGAAGAAGUUUCAUAUUGGUUGUGAAAAAGGGGGUGCUAAUCUCAUUAAAGAAUUGAUUGAUGAUUUCAUCUUCCCUGCAUCCAAUGUUUACCUGCAGUAUAUGAGAAAUGGAGAACUCCCAGCCGAACAGGCUAUCCCAGUCUGUAGUUCACCAGCCACAAUUAAUGCUGGCUUUGAGUUACUUGUGGCAUUAGCUGUUGGCUGUGUGAGGAAUCUCAAACAGAUAGUAGAUUCUUUGACUGAAAUGUAUUACAUUGGCACAGCAAUAACUACCUGUGAAGCACUUACCGAGUGGGAAUACCUGCCACCUGUUGGACCCCGCCCACCAAAAGGAUUUGUGGGGCUGAAAAAUGCUGGUGCUACUUGUUACAUGAAUUCCGUGAUUCAACAACUCUACAUGAUUCCCUCCAUCAGGAAUGGUAUUCUUGCAAUUGAAGGCACAGGUAGUGAUGUAGAUGAUGAUAUGUCUGGGGAUGAGAAGCAGGACAAUGAGAGCAAUGUUGAUCCCAGAGAUGAUGUAUUUGGAUACCCUCAACAAUUUGAAGACAAACCAGCAUUAAGUAAAACAGAAGAUAGGAAGGAGUAUAAUAUUGGUGUCCUAAGACAUCUUCAGGUCAUCUUUGGUCAUUUAGCUGCUUCUCGGCUGCAGUACUACGUGCCCAGAGGAUUUUGGAAACAGUUCAGGUACGAAUGUGAAGAAUCUUUCACGACUCUGAAUGUAGACAUUAGAAACCACCAAAACCUUCUUGAUUCUUUGGAGCAGUAUGUCAAAGGAGAUUUAUUGGAAGGUGCAAAUGCAUAUCAUUGUGAAAAAUGCAAUAAAAAGGUUGAUACCGUAAAGCGCUUGCUAAUUAAAAAAUUACCUCCUGUUCUUGCUAUUCAACUAAAACGUUUUGACUAUGACUGGGAAAGAGAAUGUGCAAUCAAGUUCAACGAUUAUUUUGAAUUUCCUCGAGAGCUGGACAUGGAACCUUACACAGUUGCAGGAGUUGCUAAGCUGGAAGGAGAUAAUGUAAACCCUGAGAGUCAGUUGAUACAACAGAAUGAACAGUCUGAAAGUGAGGCAGCAGGAAGCACAAAGUAUAGACUUGUGGGUGUGCUUGUACACAGUGGUCAAGCAAGUGGAGGACACUAUUACUCUUACAUCAUUCAGAGGAAUGGUGGAGAUGGUGAGAGAAAUCGCUGGUAUAAAUUUGAUGAUGGAGAUGUAACAGAGUGUAAAAUGGAUGAUGAUGAAGAAAUGAAAAACCAGUGUUUUGGUGGAGAGUACAUGGGAGAAGUGUUUGAUCACAUGAUGAAGCGCAUGUCAUAUAGGCGCCAGAAAAGGUGGUGGAAUGCUUAUAUACUAUUUUAUGAACGAAUGGACACAAUAGAACAAGACAAUGAGUUGGUAAAAUACAUAUCAGAGCUUGCUGUCACCACAAGGCCCCAUCAGAUUGUUAUGCCAUCGGCCAUUGAGAGAAGUGUACGGAAACAGAAUGUCCAAUUUAUGCACAACCGAAUGCAGUACAGUCUGGAGUAUUUCCAGUUUAUGAAAAAACUGCUUACGUGUAAUGGUGUUUACUUAAACCCUCCUCCAGGGCAAGAUCACCUAUUGCCUGAAGCAGAAGAAAUCACUAUGAUUAGUAUUCAACUUGCUGCUAGAUUCCUCUUUACUACAGGAUUUCACACAAAGAAAAUAGUCCGUGGCUCUGCCAGUGAUUGGUAUGAUGCAUUGUGUAUUCUUCUUCGUCACAGCAAGAACGUACGUUUUUGGUUUGCUCAUAAUGUCCUUUUUAAUGUUUCAAAUCGGUUCUCUGAAUACCUCUUGGAAUGCCCUAGUGCAGAAGUGAGAGGUGCAUUUGCAAAACUUAUAGUUUUUAUCGCACAUUUUUCCUUGCAAGAUGGACCAUGUCCUUCACCUUUUGCAUCUCCUGGACCUUCUAGUCAGGCUUACGACAAUUUAAGUUUGAGUGAUCACUUGCUAAGAGCAGUCCUAAAUCUCUUAAGAAGGGAAGUAUCAGAACAUGGACGUCAUUUACAGCAGUAUUUCAACUUGUUUGUGAUGUAUGCCAAUUUAGGUGUGGCAGAGAAGACCCAGCUGCUGAAGCUAAGUGUACCUGCUACCUUUAUGCUUGUGUCUUUAGAUGAAGGUCCAGGCCCUCCAAUCAAGUAUCAGUAUGCGGAGUUAGGCAAAUUAUACUCAGUGGUAUCCCAGCUGAUCCGCUGUUGCAAUGUCUCAGCAAGAAUGCAGUCUUCAAUCAAUGGUAAUCCUCCUCUUCCCAACCCUUUUGGGGAUCCUAACUUAUCUCAACCUAUAAUGCCAAUUCAGCAGAAUGUGGCAGACAUUUUAUUUGUGAGAACAAGUUAUGUGAAGAAAAUUAUCGAGGACUGCAGUAACUCCGAGGAAACUGUCAAAUUACUUCGUUUCUGCUGCUGGGAGAAUCCUCAGUUCUCAUCUACUGUCCUCAGUGAACUUCUCUGGCAGGUUGCUUAUUCCUAUACAUAUGAACUCCGGCCCUAUCUGGAUCUACUUUUGCAGAUCUUACUGAUUGAGGAUUCUUGGCAGACUCACAGAAUUCAUAACGCCCUUAAAGGAAUUCCAGAUGACCGAGAUGGACUCUUUGACACAAUCCAGCGCUCUAAAAAUCACUAUCAAAAGAGAGCAUACCAGUGUAUAAAAUGUAUGGUAGCCCUCUUUAGCAAUUGUCCUGUUGCCUACCAAAUCCUACAGGGCAAUGGAGAUCUUAAAAGAAAGUGGACCUGGGCAGUAGAAUGGCUUGGAGAUGAACUUGAAAGAAGACCAUACACUGGCAACCCUCAGUACACUUACAACAACUGGUCUCCCCCAGUGCAAAGCAAUGAAACUUCAAAUGGCUAUUUCUUGGAGAGAUCACAUAGUGCUAGGAUGACACUUGCAAAAGCUUGUGAACUCUGUCCAGAGGAGGUAAAAAAAGCCAACAGUGUGCACCCGAUAGAAAUGGAAGAAAGCAAAGAGCCAGAUGACCAAGAUGCCCCAGAUGAGCAUGAGUCACCUCCACCUGAAGAUGCUCCAUUGUACCCCCAUUCACCUGGAUCUCAGUAUCAACAGAAUAACCAUGUGCAUGGACAGCCAUAUACGGGCCCAGCAGCGCAUCACAUGAACAACCCUCAGAGAACUGGCCAGCGAGCACAAGAAAACUAUGAAGGCAGUGAAGAAGUAUCCCCACCUCAAACCAAGGAGCAGUGAAAUGCACAUAAAAAACUGAUUCCAUCAAGACUGUGCACCCAGGCCUUACAGUCCAACCUUUUUCUGUGUCUGGCUAAUAUUUAAAACUAGAAAAACUAUUCCUAAUCAACAUGAAGUGGAGUUUAUUCACUGUCUUAUCUGCAGAAAUUUGCUGUCAAUAUAUAACCCGCCUGCAGUGGAAAGUGUAUAGUGUUUUGUAAUAAAUGGCCUGAUGCUAAUGUGUAAAUGGCAAAGGUGUAUAUAGUAUAUUAAUGUUGACUGUUAAUUCUUAAGCAAGAAACUUUUCUUGAUGAAACUCACGGAUCUCCAAAAACUACAAGUGUUUGCCUGCCUUGUGGCAGUUGGAUCAACUCCUCUACAAAAACAAAAAAUAAACGAACAGCAACAAAACAGCCCAUUCAUGUCAGCCACACCAAUAGUUUCUUGUUAAUUCUUUGCCACUGGAAUCAGUUUUACUAUGAGCAAUGUAAGGCUGGUAACCUUUAAAUUAUUGGUUGAUGUGGAAAAUUGGUGAUGUAACAUUGUUUCUAGAUCUUUUUCAUUGCCUUUUUAUUCUGAUGUUAGGUUAAUCACUUUGAAGCUAUAGUAUGCUGUAACAUUUAGCAUGGCUUCACACCAAGUUAGUGUAGCCAGUGAGGACAAAAUACCAUAAUGACUGCAGCUGUCUGGGAGUGACAGCUGUCUUGCUCAGCUUUUCCUUACACCUAGAAUAUAAUACAAAACAAAGGGAGAGAUUUGACAAACAGGAGGUUUUCAGUUGCACAUAGGUUCCUUCUCUGACAAUUCAGUCUCUGGGUGGGAUGAAGAACACUUAAUUAUCACUAAUGGGAAUAACAAAUAUGCAAACAGUUUACUAUGCCAGGAUGUUGGAGCAUAAUAGAAGACUGUAUUUGGUGUGCUUGUUUUGUUUCUUUGGUAGAGCUUAGUAGGUGAAUCUUCUAAAACUUUCCUUCUGCUGGAUCCUAGUGACGUGGAAGUCGUCAGAAUCCCACACAGUACUUGAAGUACCUCUGCAUCGAGAUGUCUGACUGAUUUUCUGCUCAGUCACAAUUUUACUUGAAGGCAAGAAUUGUCCUAGCUCCUUUCACUAUUCCAAAAAUUUUAACAAAGCAGGGUCUAACUAAAAAAACUACUGGUUAAUAUAAUUGAGAUAUCACGAUUUCAGAAUAAACAUUUGA